CAAAAGGUCACAUAUGACGGAAAGCUCAAUAAGUUGAUUCGAUCCACGCCCACCAUCCCACUCACCAUCCUUUCCAGUCCUCUUACACUCUACUUGCUUCCCUUACCGCGUUGUACACCUCUCACUCGAGUCCAAUCCCUCUCGCAACCCCUCGUUGGACUUUGUUUGCAUUCACGGUACACUGGUUGUGCAACACUGCCUCUAGGCAAUCUAUCCCUCUCGAUCCUCGUCACGCUCAAACAUCAAUAAACACCUAACCCAUCCGCCCCAACCGAAAACGAAGCCACUACCGGUGAAGGGCACUCUUCCCGUGCAUCUCAUCCUUUCCUCGCCAAUUCUUCACAAUGGCCGAUCAGGAUGGUGGUGAUGAGCUCUAUCCAAUCGCCGUCCUCAUCGACGAGCUGAAGCAUGACGAUGUCCUCCUCCGUCUCAAUGCCAUCCACAGACUCUCUACAAUUGCCUUGGCUUUGGGCCCUGAUCGAACGAGGGACGAAUUGAUACCUUUUUUGGAUGACUCGGUGGAGGACGAAGAUGAAGUUCUUACCGCCCUUGCCGAGGAAUUGGGAAACUUCAUUGAAUAUGCCGGCGGUCCAGAAUACGGCCACGUGCUGCUUGCCCCUUUGGAGAAUCUCGCAGCCAUCGAAGAGCCCCUUGUAAGGGACAAGGCUGUGGAAUCUCUCAACAAGAUCUGCGAGCAAUUGUCUGAUCGACAAGUUGAAGAAUACUUCAUUCCCCUCACGAUCCGCCUCUCCAAAGCCGACUGGUUCACCUCCAAGAUCUCGGCCUGCGGACUCUACACAACUCCAUACAAAAAGGCUUCCAAAUCCUCCCAGCAAAGUCUCCGGACGCAAUUUGGACACCUGGUCCACGAUGAGACCCCAAUGGUCAGAAGACAGUCGGCAAACAAUCUUGCCAAGUUCGUCAAAGAAGUGCCCGUUCCCGUCGUGAUUGACGAGAUGAUCCCCCUAUUUCAACAUCUGGCCAGCGAUGAUCAGGAUAGCGUGCGACUCCUCACUGUUGAGGUACUCAUCUCCAUCGCCGAGGCCAUUCCAAAAGAGCAACAACCCAGUCACGGUGUACUUUUGACUGCAUUGAGAAGUCUGUUCGAAGACAAGAGUUGGAGAGUUCGAUACAUGGUCGCUGAGAAGUUUGAAAAGAUUGCAAAGGCGGUCAAUGAAGAAGUCGUCACCAGGGAUCUUGUUCCUGCCUUUGUCAAGCUGCUCAAGGACAGCGAGGCGGAGGUCAGGACAGCAAUUGCAAGCCAGAUCCCCGGUUUCUGCAGUCUCCUUGACCGAGAGACCUUGCUCAACGAGAUCAUGACCAGCGUGGAAGACCUCGUCUCAGAUCCGUCACAACACGUCCGAGCUGCACUGGGUACUCAACUCAGUGGACUGGCUCCUAUCCUUGGAAAGGAUGAAACCAUUUCUCACCUGCUCCCCAUGUUCUUGCAAAUGCUCAAGGACGAGUUUCCAGACGUGCGACUCCACAUCAUCUCCAAGCUGGAACUGGUCAACAAUGUCAUUGGGAUUGACCUUCUGUCUCAAUCCCUCCUUCCCGCCAUCGUUCAGUUGGCCGAAGACAAACAGUGGCGCGUGCGACUAGCCAUUAUCGAAUACAUCCCGUUGCUCGCCAAGCAGCUUGGGGUCAAGUUUUUCGACGAGCAGCUCAGUUCACUCUGCAUGGGCUGGCUGGGUGACACCGUCUUUUCUAUCAGAGAAGCCGCCACACAAAACCUGAAAAAGCUAACCGAAGUGUUUGGCGUGGAAUGGGCCAACAGAUCCAUUAUUCCAAAGGUCAUUGCAAUGAGCCAACAAGAAAACUACCUUUAUAGAAUGACGACAUGCUUUGCUAUUACGACACUCGCGCCGGUGGUGACUUUGAGCAUUAUCGAGGAAAGUGUCUUGCCCAUGAUGAAUCGCCUGGUGGCCGAUCCUAUCCCCAAUAUCCGUUUCAACGUGGCCAAAUCGUACGCUGUCCUCAUCGAUACUCUACGGCAACUCCCUGAAAGCGGCACGAUUGCUGAGAAGGAGGCCAGUGGCGACAGUAGCCCAACGACCCCGCAAGCACAAGAGCUAAUUGAUAACUCUAUUCUGCCAAAUCUCGAGAAGCUCAAGGACGACAGCGACGUGGAUGUGAGGUAUUUUGCUACAAUUGCGGCAGGUGGGUCGACGGCCAACGCAGUGGAACGAAUGGACACCGGACAGUAGACUUCUUUGUGCAUGGAUCGGAUUCUGGGGGAUUUGCCCACGGAUUCGAGCUGUUUGACCCUGGGAGUUUGACCCUGGUGGAAAGAAAGAAAAGAAUCUACAGCGCUGUCAGCAAUGGGGAACAUCUGAUGGAUGGGUAUGGCGGAGUAAAGGACGACGUCGUUGUGGUAGACACCAGACCAGACCUGGUCAUCCUGUAUCGGCGUGUUGGUCGUCACCAAAAAAAAUUGGACCCACGAGACAUAGGAUCCAAUCACGAGGAUGUGGCGCGGCGUGUGAUAUGACGGACGCGGUGUCGGUGUGCGUUCUGUGACAGAUGAAACCUCGUUUUCGAGCCGCGUUGUUAGAGAAAUGGGCGCAUUACCCAGACAAUGACCCUGAAUACUGAAUUUUUGCAUCUCCAAACUGGCUGGGUCGUGUCCUUUGAUUACGACAAUAAAGAUGACACAACUCCAAGACAGGUUUUCUGUACCAGCAGUGCUCCAGAGUGGACACUGCAAUUGGAUAGCUACGGACACGAUCAAGAAAUAGUACUAUUGCCGAGGUGCAUGCUGUGUGUGCCAUGUACAUAUGCGUAGCUGCACAAUUAUAUGGAAUGGUGGUACAAUACGGAUAG